AUGAAUGAGGGAGAGAAAUCUCAGCAAAGUCAUUCUCCGAUUAUCUUCUUGGAUAUUGAUGGGGUUUUGAAUCGAACCAAACAUGCAACACAUAUCCGGCUCGAUGAUGAUUUGUUGGAACGUUUUCGACGUCUUGUCGAGACGACUGGGGCAAAUAUUGUACUAAGCACCUACUGGAGGCAUUUUCGAGACUACAUUUCCUACAUUCUAAGCAACUAUGGAAUUCCUGAAGAAAAGAUUCUUGGAUCGACACCCGGAUUCAAUCGCAGCAUGAAAGGUCGAAAGGCGAGCGACGAUCAAGAAUACUCUAGUCGUGCCCAAGAGAUUCGAGCUUGGUUACAGGAAUACUUCCAACUUGAGAUGGGGAUCCACAAUUCGGCUAAUAGUGGUGGCGGUCAUUAUGACAAAAUAAGUGAGGAACACGGCAUUCGAUUUGUGAUUUUGGACGAUCGUCCAACAGCUGCCGACGACUCCGAGUUCCUGCAGAAAAGGUUCAUUCACUGUGACACUACACAGGGUAUAACGGAAGAAGAGGUAGACCGAGCGAUACGAAUACUUCUACACGAUGAUGGCUCAUAG